CGCAGCGGGCGGAGCGGGGACACGCGCGGAGCGGAGCGGAGCGGCGCGAAGGGGACGCGGGGCAAAAACGGGAAGAUCCAUCCGGAGGGCCGCGUGGUGCUCCGCCCGCAAGGAACGGCUAUUUCGGAGCGGCCCCUCUCGCCCACCCCACCCCGCCGGCUGCGAUGCUGCCCGCCGCCGCGUUGCCCUGGACGUUGUUUUUGCUCGGAGCCGCAGCCUCUCUACAAGUGGAUAUUGUUCCAAGUCAGGGGGAGAUCAGCGUUGGAGAAUCCAAGUUCUUCUUAUGUCAAGUGGCAGGGGAAGCCAAAUUCAAAGACAUCUCCUGGUUUUCCCCUAAUGGUGAGAAGCUGACGCCCAACCAACAGCGCAUCUCAGUGGUGCGAAACGAUGACUUCUCCUCCACUCUCACCAUCUACAACGCCAACAUUGAUGAUGCUGGCAUCUAUAAAUGUGUUGUCAGCAGCGUGGAGGAGGGAGACUCUGAAGCCACCGUCAAUGUGAAGAUUUUCCAAAAGCUCAUGUUCAAGAAUGCCCCCACUCCUCAGGAAUUCAAGGAAGGGGACGAUGCUGUGAUUGUGUGUGAUGUGGUCAGCUCACUGCCUCCUACCAUCAUCUGGAAACACAAAGGCAGGGACGUCAUCCUAAAAAAAGACGUUCGGUUUAUAGUGCUGUCCAACAACUACCUGCAGAUCCGGGGAAUCAAGAAAACAGAUGAAGGGACGUACCGCUGUGAGGGCCGCAUCCUGGCUCGUGGGGAGAUCAACUUCAAAGAUAUUCAGGUCAUUGUAAAUGUACCUCCUUCUGUGCGUGCCAGGCAGAGCACUAUGAACGCCACUGCCAACCUCAGCCAGUCUGUCACCUUAGCAUGUGAUGCUGAUGGCUUUCCUGAGCCAACCAUGACGUGGACAAAGGAUGGAGAGCCAAUAGAGCAGGAGGAUAAUGAAGAGAAAUACAGUUUUAACUACGAUGGGUCUGAGCUGAUCAUCAAGAAGGUGGAUAAGAGUGAUGAAGCAGAGUACAUCUGCAUUGCUGAGAACAAGGCUGGCGAGCAGGAUGCCACCAUUCAUCUCAAAGUCUUUGCAAAACCCAAAAUCACAUAUGUGGAGAAUAAAACAGCUAUGGAGCUGGAGGAUCAGAUCACACUGACCUGUGAGGCGUCUGGGGACCCAAUCCCUUCCAUCACGUGGAAAACUUCUACACGGAACAUCAGCAAUGAAGACAAGGCUUCGUGGACCCGGCCCGAGAAACAAGAGACUCUGGAUGGGCGCAUCGUGGUGCGCAGCCACGCACGGGUGUCAUCCCUGACUCUCAAAGAAAUCCAGUACACGGACGCUGGAGAGUACGUGUGCACGGCCAGCAACACCAUCGGGCAGGACUCGCAGGCCAUGUACCUCGAAGUGCAGUAUGCCCCCAAGCUUCAGGGCCCUGUGGCUGUCUAUACCUGGGAAGGGAAUCAAGUGAACAUCACCUGUGAGGUAUUUGCUUAUCCCAGUGCUGUCAUCUCCUGGUUCCGGGAUGGGCAGCUGCUUCCCAGCUCAAACUACAGCAACAUCAAGAUCUACAACACUCCAUCAGCAAGUUACCUGGAGGUGACACCAGACUCUGAAAAUGACUUCGGGAACUACAACUGCACUGCUGUGAACCGCAUUGGCCAGGAAUCCUCAGAGUUCAUUCUUGUGCAGGCGGAUACUCCGUCCUCUCCUUCUAUUGACAGAGUGGAGCCCUACUCUAGCACUGCCCGCGUGGAGUUUGAUGAGCCUGAAGCUUCUGGUGGGGUGCCCAUCCUCAAAUACAAAGCAGAGUGGAGAGCACUGGGCGAAGGGGAAUGGCACUCAAGAUUGUAUGAUGCAAAAGAAGCAAAUAUGGAGGGCACAAUCACUAUCAGCGGCCUGAAACCUGAGACAACCUACUCAGUGAGACUGUCUGCAGUCAAUGGCAAGGGUGUGGGUGAGAUUAGCCUGCCAUCCGACUUCAAGACACAGCCAGUUCGUAUCCCUCACUCACCAAGUGCUGCUGCCCCCACCUGUUUAGCAGAGACAACUCAGCCUCUCCCUGCAUCUGAAAGCACAGAGCCACCAAAAGGGGAACCCAGUGCACCCAAACUGGAAGGGCAGAUGGGAGAAGACGGAAAUUCCAUCAAAGUGAACGUUAUCAAGCAGGAUGAUGGUGGCUCCCCAAUCAGGCAUUACCUGAUCAAAUACAAAGCUAAACAUUCCUCAGAAUGGAAACCAGAGAUCAGACUGCCUUCUGGCAGCGACCACGUCAUGCUCAAGUCUCUGGACUGGAAUGCAGAGUACGAGGUUUAUGUGAUAGCUGAAAACCAGCAGGGGAAGUCCAAACCCGCUCACUAUGCUUUCCGGACAUCUGCUCAGCCUACUGUCAUCCCAGCCAGCACUAGCCCUACAUCAGGCCUGGGGACUGCUGCCAUUGUAGGCAUCCUCAUUGUUAUCUUUGUGCUGCUCCUGGUGGCUGUGGAUGUCACCUGCUACUUCCUGAACAAAUGUGGCCUGCUGAUGUGCAUUGCUGUCAACUUAUGUGGCAAGUCUGGACCAGGAGCCAAGGGCAAAGACGUGGAGGAGGGCAAAGCUGCCUUCUCGAAAGAUGAGUCCAAGGAGCCUAUUGUGGAAGUGCGGACUGAAGAGGAGCGGACCCCCAACCACGAUGGGGGAAAACACACAGAGCCCAACGAGACCACCCCGCUGACAGAGCCAGAGCAUACGGCUGAUACCGCAGCUACUGUUGAGGACAUGCUGCCUUCUGUAACCACGGGCACCACUAACUCUGACACUAUCACUGAAACUUUUGCCACUGCUCAGAACAGCCCCACCAGUGAGACCACCACCCUGACCUCCAGUAUUGCCCCACCGGCCACGGCCAUUCCUGAUUCAAACGCCAUGUCGCCUGGCCAGGCUACUCCAGCCAAAGCGGGAGCUGCCCCAGUCUCUCCACCGCCACCCUCCUCUACACCCAAAGUGGCCCCCCUUGUUGAUCUCAGCGAUACCCCAAGCUCUGCUCCAGCUACUAACAAUUUGUCUUCAAGUGUCCUGUCCAACCAAGGUGCAGUGCUGAGCCCCAGCACUGUUGCUAACGUGGCCGAAACCUCCAAAGCAGCAGCUGGUAACAAGUCAGCUGCCCCAGCCCCUCCAAACCUCACUAGCCCUCCAGCUCCAUCAGAGCCCAAGCAGGAGGUCUCAAGCACCAAGAGCCCCGAGAAAGAAGCUGCGCAGGCCAGUACAGUGAAGAGCCCAACAGAGACAGCCAAGAACCCAAGCAAUCCGAAGAGUGAGGCUGCUUCAGGCGGCACCACAAACCCCUCCCAGAAUGAGGACUUUAAAAUGGACGAAGGGACCUUCAAGACACCAGACAUUGAUCUUGCAAAGGAUGUUUUUGCAGCUCUUGGCACUACUACUCCCGCCAGUGUGGCUAGCGGGCAAGCUCGUGAGCUUGCUUCUUCCACUGCAGACAGCUCUGUACCUGCUGCACCUGCAAAGACCGAGAAAACCCCAGUAGAAGACAAAUCUGAAGUGCAAGCAACGGAAACUAAGACACCUCCAGCAGAAGUGAAGACGGUCCCCAACGAAGCCACACAAACAAAUGAGAAUGAGAGCAAAGCAUGAUCAGCGACAGAUGAAAGAACAUGGCAGAGCGACUUCACCCAAGCAUUUACAACACGAAACACAACACACAUCUCAUCCCUCUCGUGUCUGUUGCCUUUUUUUUAAGAAAAAAAAAACAAACAAACAAAACAGGAAAUGCAUAAAUGGGGAGGGGGGGGUUCUCUCUUUUUUUCUUGAUUUUUUUUUUCCUUCAGGUUUUUAGGAAGGUUCUAUUCGUUGUGCACUUGCUUUUCAAAAGUACUACGUUCUAAAAACAGGGUUAAACCCAUCACCAAAUGAGGGGCUCAGCUGUCCCCUGGUACGUUCAGACAAGCCAAAUUGCAAAGCACCACUUACAGCAUCGCUUAGGAGCUCCGAGUCCACCAGUCUUAGGCAAAAGGAGAAAAGAGAAAAGAAGACCCUGUUCUUUCCUUGGUUAGAGCAGUAGGUACAACCACUGCACUGCCUGCCCGUGGGCACAGGCGGGACGUAGUGAACAAAGUCCACAAUUUAUUUUUAUACUUUUCAGUCGAGUUUGAAAUAUGUAAAGCCUCGUGAAUAAGUUAUGAUUUGCGUUCAGCCUGCGUUCAGUGUGCAAAGUGUCGCGAGCGUUUUGGGGCUGAAUUCUGUCCUCCACGUUAGAUGUUCAUUUUGGGGUUUAUUGUUUCUGUUAGGAAGAAUGCCAAAAUUGCAGCUUCGGGGGAUGUAUUUCGAUUUGCAGUAUUCAGACUCUACAUUUCUUUCAAUUUUAUGUUAAUUUUUGCCAACUUUUGUUCUCUCCAGUGUUUACAAUUGACAAUUUUGGGGUUUUUUUGGUUCACUUUUGUUGUGUUUAAAUGUAUUUGUAAAAUAGCUGCCUUUUUUUUAAAGCAAAUCCAGACUAGCUACUAGGUUAGCAGCAUGCUUGCUUUGCAAAGGGAGACGUUUCAAAGUAUCAAUGUUUACAGUAGUUUCCCCGUUAUCUUUUUUUUUUAAUUAUUAUUAUUAUUAUAAUUAUUAUUAUUAUUUCUUACUGGAGUAAGAAAAAAAUAAGAGCAAUGCUGGUCUUUGGUUUGUUUUAGGGGGGGUGGGGCGUGGGGAAUAUUCCAACCACUUGUCACCAAUCGAGGUCUGUACCCAGCAAUGCACAUAAACACACUUAACUUCGAACGAGAGAGUUGCUGGUGAGAGUUUCCUUAUAUACUUAAGUUUAUUUAGAUUAUAAGUCCCUUGCUGGACCUGGGCCUGACUGCAUAAGAAAAAUAUCAUCUCUGCUUUUUUAGGACAUUCUUCUCUUUCCUUCAUGGAACCCUCCCAGAGCUUUGAGAAGCAGAAGAGGGGUUGUACGGCUCGGGCUGGGCUGGUCUUGUCUCCAGUGUUUGACUACAUCCAUUUUUCCUCAUAAUGUUGAUAUCUACCAUUUCCUUUGACCCCAGUAACUGAUUUAAAAGCAGUGACUUUCCGCACUUAACUCAAGGUUCCUUUUGAGGAGUGGUAACGCUAAAAACAGAAUGUCCUGCUGUCACCAGGUGACGUUCAUGAGCAGAGGGUGCUUGGCAGCACAUAGAUGUCCCUGCUCACUGCAGGGGAGUUGGACUAGAUGACCCUUAAGGGCCCUUUCCAACCCAGACAGUCCUGUAAGACCCCCUUCUGCAAAGACAGCUCCAGCACAUCGUGUCUGUUAAGUCAUCCAUGUACGCUCUGCAUCACCCAAACCAUGUAACCAUGGCUGAGCGCUUGGGCAUCAGUUCCAAUGCUCCCAUUUAUGUCCCCGCUCUUCACAGCAUGCCUUUAGCAGUCAGAGAAAGGGACUGAUGUCACACACGCGUUGUGGUCAUCAUUGGGAUGAAUGGAGUAACACUGAGACUUUGGGGUGGAUAGAAGGUUGAACGGAAGGAAGGCAGAGGAAGACCAGCCCAUUGUACAGAGGUGCUCCUUCUCUGGGGGUUUUGCUUUGUUUGUUUUUCUUUUAUUUUCCAUUCUUUUUCCUUUUUUAUUUUUUUUUCUACGUUAGAUCUGCAAGCUUGUGCACUGUGGGUGCGUGACUUUUAGUGUGAAACGUGUUUUUUGUCAUAGUAUUGAAAUAAUUGAAAAAGAAGAAAAAAAAAGCUUCAACAUAGUUUGGAUGUGGAAGGUGUAGCGGAUAGGUCAGAUUUAAGAUAUAUAUAUUCAGGAAUGAAAAACAAAAAAGAGAACAACUCUUAGAAGGAACGCAAGCCUUUAAAUGACAAACCCGAGCUGAUGAUGGCAUCCAUUGCAUGGCGCCAUGGGGACAAGCAGAAAGGCAGUGGGGUUGGCUCGGGUGAACUGAGCCACUGUCAGUGUGUUCUGAGUAUGCAGUGGUUUACAGCGGCAUCACAUGAUUUCAAGCAGCGAAAAACAGUGGUUUUGUCAUUUGCUAAGUGUGGGGUUUUGGCAUUUUUUCCUCAGCUCCUGGGGAUGGAAGCGGAGGAUGGAUGGAUAUGCAGGCACAGACACUCAGGCAAUACCAUCCCAGGCAGGACAGCAGGGCAGGACAGGUCCUCACUGGUGUCAGAUCCAGCCCAUGUUUGACCCGUGACAGCAGUGUUGGUGUAAGUAAGGUGAAAUGUGGUCCCUCGGACCUUAUCUGUCAUGCCUCCCUGAGCAGCAACAGGAGCAAACACUGCUCAGUGCAACAACCCAGAGCACAUCCAGUGCCACUGCUCAGCACCCAUCAGCUGGCACUGUCACCCAGACUGGCCUUGUAGGGCCACCAGCCCAGGGUCCCAUACAGCACACAGCCAUGUCAGUGCUUGGUGCCUGUUGGGUUGUGUCUCAUGGAUGAAGCCUCAGUCCUGCUCCCUUAGUGCCCCUGUGACCUCCCCAUCCCCGGUACCCUUAGAUUAAUUUUGAAGAGCGUUUUUAUACUUGCCCUUAAUGGAGAAUAAUUUGUUUUAAUUUAUAAAUACCCCAUUCCCAAGGUAGCAUAGGCUUCAUUGCUUUUAUUUAAACCUUUGAAGAGGGACCAACCUGAUGCCGUUUGCGCUGUAUAUGUUUAUAUAUGUAUCCAUGCCAUACAUAUAUAUAUCUAUAUGGCAACUCAGACUGAUCAGCUUCUAGUUGUGGAGUGACAUUUCAUGCUGCGCCAUACGUAACGAUGAUGAGGUAAUAGUGCAUCCAGUUGUUCAGCUUUUAGAGUG